GAAAAGGAGGUGAGCGUCCCCGCCUCUACCGCCACCGUCACGGCCGUGGCAGUUUCCGCUGCAGAGACCGCAGCGCAGGGUCCGCUCAAGGCAGAAGAUGUCCAAGCGAUGCUUACAAAGAGCAUCCACGAGUUCAACCAGUGCAUAAAACAGUGGACGGGAUCGCUUCAGACUCAGAUGGCCGAUGCCAACAAGGCAUACAAAGCUCUGGCCAGCUGCAGUGAGCGCAUUCCCCAACUGAUGAAGGCCGCAGAGGCGCUGACCAAGGACCCCAAAAGUCAGCAAAAUUGGGAGUCUACGCUGGUGAGCAUCACGUGA